GGUCAUGUGGGCAGCCGGACGUGACGUGCGGGGCGGGGCCGCGGAGCGGUGCGGGGCGCGCUGAGGAAGGCGGCGCCAUGGCGGACCCGGGCGCGGCUGCCGGCGAGAACGGCGUGGGCGGCAGAGCGGUCCGCGUGGGCACCCGCCGGAGCCAGCUGGCCCGAAUUCAGACUGACAGCGUAGUCGAGAUGCUCCGUGAGCUGUACCCUGACUUCAGUUUCGAGAUUGUUGCUAUGUCAACCACUGGAGACAAGAUCUUGGAUACAGCACUUUCCAAGAUUGGGGAGAAGAGCCUCUUCACCAAAGAGCUAGAAAAUGCGCUUGAAAGAAACGAAGUUGAUCUCGUGGUUCACUCCUUGAAGGAUCUGCCAACUUCUCUUCCUCCUGCCUUCACUAUCGGUGCUGUCUGCAAAAGGGAAAACCCACUUGAUGCCGUUGUCUUUCAUCCCAAAAACUGUGGGAAAACACUGAGCCUUCUUCCUGAAAAGAGUGUGAUUGGAACCAGUUCACUUCGGAGAGCAGCCCAGCUGAAAAAGAAGUUCCCUCAGUUAGAAUUCAGGGAUAUUAGAGGGAAUUUAAAUACCCGCUUAAAGAAGCUAGAUGAGAAAGAAGACUUCAGUGCCAUCAUCCUGGCUGCUGCUGGGCUGAAGAGAAUGGGCUGGGAGAAUCGCAUUGGUCAGCUCUUAACCCCUGAAGACUGCCUCUAUGCUGUUGGACAGGGUGCCUUAGCAGUGGAAGUUCGUGCCAAAGACCAAGAGAUACUGAAUAUGGUGUCUGCCCUGCAUGAUGCAGACACUGUGCUCUGCUGCAUUGCUGAGAGGGCCUUUAUGAAACGUUUGGAGGGUGGAUGCAGUGUCCCUGUUGCUGUCAACAGCAUGCUGAAAGAUGACCAGUUGUAUUUGACAGGCGCAGUCUACAGUUUGGAUGGAUCUGAUAGCCUGAAGGAGACCAUGCAGACCAGUGUUAACUACCCCCUACAGAGUGAAGAUGGACCAAACGAUGAUGCGCAGCACGUUGGCAUCACAGCCAAGAAUGUCCCCAGUCAGGCCCAGGAAGCUGCAGAGGGUCUUGGUGUGGAACUAGCUAGUUUACUUCUGAGUAAGGGAGCUAAGCAUAUCCUUAGUGUGGCAAGGCAGCUGAAUGAUGCCCGCUAAACCUGUGGGUGUGUGGUCAGCAUGAUUGCUACAAGUCUAGCAAGUAUUCGCAGCCGCACUAUCAUCUUCUUUUGAAGGAAGGGAUUUAUUUAAACGUUCACACCAGACUUAUGUGAUGUUUGGGCACAAAAACUUGAAAUACUAAGGUAACUAACCUGGGUGGUUUAUGCUGUUCAGGGUUGUCAUCCCUCUGCAUUUCACUAAAUUGCAGUCUCUGUGAAGUUUGUUCAAUAAUUUCUGUAGCUAGGGGAAAAAAAAAUAAAUCUGUAGGUUCUCCUUUUCCAUUUAGGAACAAGGCAGUCAUUACAGACUAUAAUCAGAGACUCAACCAUGACAGUACUAAAGCACUAUACUGUGCUGACAGUACUUUCAGUUGCCAUGAAUAGCUUAUUUGGGCCUGUUGACUUAUCAGCAUGCUGAAGAAGAUGCUGUUAGGUUCCAAAUACAGGAUUCCGCUUAGUAAGGUAGCAGAGAUUAUGUGUUCUUCAUGGAACUUAUUUAAGGCAAGGAGUUAACUGAGUUUGCAGUUAUCAGAUGCAAAUUUGUCAUCAGCCAGUAUUAAGUGGAUAGCCAGUCUAGUUUCCCUUGUAUGCUUGUCUGCACGGGUAAUCAGUCGUUCAUCUGCACAAACCUGUCAAUGGGGAGCUGAAGAGGCAGCCCAAAUUUGUGCUAUUGUGCCUUCCUCUGUAACUGUUAGCCCCUUACCAUGAAUCCUCACUUACUACCUGGUCGCCAUCCUGUCCGUGGGGCUUAUGUGCUACAGUGCCUUGUAGAAACACUGAAACGGCCCCUCACUGGGGUCCCGUUUUGGAAACGAAGCAUCGUUUAUUCUCUAUGCAACGCCCACCGAAUGUAACAGACGACAAAUACAGAUUAAUUAAAAGCACCCAGUUUAAGUCUUUA